UGGCAAGCCACAUCAGCACACCAUUGAUGGGUGCCAACUCCCUCCACUAACAUUGCUUUCUAGCUAUAAAUAGUCAUCGACACGAACUUCCUUUUAUCCCGGAUCUGUCUUUCCGGCCCCAAUCUCUUCUCCGUCCGAUUCGCGAGGGUCCUUUCUCCCUCCAUCCGCUCGAGUUCCGAUCGUUUCGCACGCGAUAUUCUCCUCUUUUGGUCGACUCGCAGGCAGUCCUCUUCUCUUGGUCGGAUCCGCAUACAAGAAAGAUGCAGCAACAGGGUCUUGAUAUCAUGGAGGAGAAUAAAGGACUUGAAGAAUCAAAACUCGGAUCUUUCAGGAAGAAGGGAAUAAAUAACUCAAGCAGAUUCAGGCGGUCAAUGAAUAAAAAGGGUAGGAGAAGUAACCGGGUCAUAUCUGUAUCCAUAGAGGAUGACCGCGAUGCUGAGGAGAUGCAAAUUGUGGAUGCCUUUAGACAGACACUUAUAUUAGAGGAGCUUCUUCCCUCAAGACAUGAUGACUAUCAUAUGAUGCUCAGAUUUCUGAAGGCCAGGAAGUUUGAUAUCGAGAAGACAAAGCAAAUGUGGUCUGAUAUGCUUCAAUGGAGGAAAGAAUUUGGUGCUGACACAAUCCUUGAGGAUUUCGAGUACAAGGAGAUUGAUAAAGUCUUGGAGUACUACCCACAAUGUCAUCAUGGUGUUGACAAGGAAGGCAGACCUAUUUAUUUUGAAAAGCUUGGGCAGAUCGAUACUAACAAAAUGAUGCAAGUCACAACCUUGGAUCGGUAUAUCAGCUAUCACGUAAGGGAGUUUGAGAGGAUCUUCGCCGUCAAGUUCCCAGCUUGUUCUAUUGCUGCAAAAUGUCACAUUGAUCAAAGCACUACUAUUCUUGAUGUGCAAGGAGUGGGAGUCAAGAAUUUCAACAAGACAGCAAGAGAGCUAAUCGGUCGUCUUCAGAAGAUAGAUGGUGAUAAUUAUCCAGAGACCUUGAACAGCAUGUUCAUCAUCAAUGCUGGCCACGGAUUCAGGCUCUUAUGGAACACGGUCAAGGGAUUCCUUGACCCGAAAACUACUUCAAAGAUUCACGUUCUUGGCAACAAGUACCAGAGCAAACUCCUUGAAGUAAUCGAUUCUAGUGAAUUGCCAGAAUUCCUUGGUGGUACAUGUAAAUGCGCCAAUGAGGGAGGUUGUCUUCGUUCUGAUAAAGGCCCGUGGAAGGAUUCUGAAAUUUUGAAGAUUAUUCAAAGUGGUGAGGCCAAGUCAUUAAAGUCAAGCUAUGCUUCCAGCACUGAUGAGAAGAUGAUAUUUGAGGAUGAGAUCAUCUACCAAAAGAGGCAUGAUUCAUUUUCUAGUGGGACUGUCACUCCCGCCGAAGAUGUGAAUUCCCCUCAAAUUUUCCGGAGGAUUAUUGAGCACCCACCUCUGUCACCUGUUCGGGAGGAGAAAGAUAGUUACGAUCAGAUGAAGGAAAAGUGUCCUUCCUUUGAUGUCCCAAUGGUUGACAAGACUGUGGAUGACAACUGGAACAAGGAAGUGUCACAUUACAAGGUUGCCAGUUCUAAAGGUUUGUAUGACAUUGCCAAUAAUUGCAAGAAUGACAAGCUGCAUGGUAGUAUCUUAACUGGAGUCAUGGCCUUUGUCAUGGGAGUUGUCACCGUGGCCAAGAUGUCCAAGAACCUCCGGAAGAAGAUUAUGGAUGAAAAGGAUGCCUGCUACUCCAAUUCAGUGGAAAAGAGCCAGAGCGUGGAGGCCAAGCCCACUGUUUCCUUGAUGGAAUUUUCUGUGGUCAUGAAGCGCCUUAGGGAGCUAGAGGAAAAGGUAAUUGUUCUCAGCAAGAAGCCUGAGCCAUCUCCAGAGGAGGAAUUGCUCAAAUCUGCUGUGAACCGUGUGGCAACAUUGGAAGCUGAACUUGCAGCCACCAAGAAGGUUCUAGAAGAAACACUUUCUCGCCAAGCCGAGAUUUUUGCUUACAUUGAAAAGAAGAAGAAGAAGAAGAAGAGGUUGAACUUUCUUUGCUGGUAAGUGGUGGUCAAAAGAGAAGGACAAUGAUGCUGCUAGCUACAAAUGUUAAAAAGCUCCUUGGUAUAUAUAUCACCGCAACAAAUGCAGUGCACUCUUCCCACAAUUGGUUUUUGAUACAAAUUAUUUAAUUCAUUUGUUUUCUUUAAUUAUUUAAUUCUUUUGUUCUUUCAUAGUCUAAUGGUUUGCUCUAACUAAAUGCCCACAACUUGGGGACUAAAUAAUGUUGUGGGAUAUGAAGUAUACUAUUCCAACCCACAACCUGCAUAUUGUCAGCUACAAAAAAAUAAAAAUUUCUUCUGAAUACAUUUUACUAUAUUCUGUGUUUCCAGCUUUUACCAGUAUCAUA